CUGGUGAAGGAACAGUUCGCCUGGAGGUAUUACUACUGGCAUUUGAACAACGAAGGUAUUGAAUACCUCAGGACAUAUCUGCAUUUGCCCCCAGAGAUUGUCCCAGCAACAUUGAUACUCCCAGCCAGGGGUGAGACUGCUCGUCCACGUCCAACUGUUUCUGGUCCUCGUGAAGAUUCCACAAAGACCGGCGAAAAUCGUUCUGCAUACAGACGUGCCCCAGGCGGUGCUGACAAGAAGGGAGACGUCGGAGCUGGAGCCGGAGAUGUUGAAUUCCGUGGUGGAUUCGGUCGUAGUUCUCGGCCAAGUAUGAAUCCCCUCGCUUUCAUUUGGCGAAAUGUUUCUUUCAAUUAA